AUGGUGAUGCGGGAAGCCGGGGGUUCCUUGGCAAUGAUUCGGUUCGCCGUACUCACGUGCCCGGAAAUAGCCGUCAUUUCCUGUAACUUCGCUGCCACGGCUGACUUUGGGGGGACCCUGCUGGAGCAGACGCUGGGCAGGGCCCGGCCUGACAAAAUGCCCCCUUUCCCACCCCAGCAAGGCUGGGCUCGGGGCACCUACCUCCCCUUGUACAAUCCCCUGGCCGGGGGGGAGCCUGGGUCGCAGGGGGAGAUGGAGCUCACUUGGCAAGAGAUCCUGUCCAUCUCAGAAUUGCAGGGCCUCGAAAUGCCAAGUGAGAGCUGCUACGACCCUGCUCUGUGUGGCCUUGUGCAACCGAUGGGACCAGCUCCCAACUACAGGCCGUGCGCACUGAUGGGGGACAGCUCAGGGUCCAUCUAUGGGCACCCUGCUCCGGCGUAUGAACAUCCAUACCCAGAAACCGCGCCUGCCCCCCGUGGCCUGUACAGCUACACUGGCAUGCUGAUCUCAUCCACGUUUGAACCUCCAAGAGCUACCACAUCAGGGGGGUGUAAAGGGCUGGUACUGGAGGGGGACUUGGUUAGUAGUUAUGGACCACAGGGGUCUUGCAAGCCCCAGGAGGACCUGGAAUCAGACUCUGGGUUAUCACUCAAUUACAGCGACGCAGAAUCCCUGGAGGCAGAGGGGCUGGAACGGGCAGAGUAUACUCCGCUUUACCCUAUGGACCAUACACAAGCCUACCCAAUGUUGGCCCCAAUGCCAGAGAUGCCUUUCCCCACUCCACUAAUGGCACCUUCUUUAGAGAAGGGGCGCAGCCUGCGCGGGGAACUGGCAGGCAGCCGCGACGAGCGCCGGGCCCUGGCCAUGAAAAUACCCUUUUCUGUGGAAAAGAUCAUCAACUUGCCAGUGGACGACUUCAAUGAGUUGGUGUCCCGCUUCCCCCUGAAUGAGCCCCAACUGGCCCUGGUCCGGGACAUCCGCCGGCGUGGCAAGAACAAAGUGGCAGCUCAGAACUGCCGCAAGCGGAAACUAGAGACCCUGGUGCACCUGGAGCGGGAACUGGCUGAGCUGAGCCGCGAGCGGCAGCGCUUGUUACGAGACCGCAAUGAGUUUGAUAGGACUCUCACGCUCACCAAGCAGAAGCUGGGGGCCCUUUACCACCAGGUCUUCUGCAUGCUUCGUGAUGAAGCCGGCAACGCCUACUCCCCGGAGGAGUUCUCGUUGCAGCUCACCCUCGAUGGCGGCGUCUUCCUUGUGCCACGCAACAAGCAACCAGAUAACGGUGCGGAUUGA